UGCAAUUUGAUUUUGGGGAAUUUUGAAUGGAAAUGCAGAAUUGAGCGCGAUUUGAAGACUGUAUCGUUUUACUCCGUCUUCAAAGCGCAGCCGAAGCAAAACUUUCUGCAAAAAUUUGUGAUGCCUGCAACCUUCAUCGUACAAAAUAUCAUAUAUACAUAUGUUUAAUACUUUAUAAACGUACUGGCAGCAAUAAAAUUUUGUUGUCAUGUUUGUUUUGGAUGUUGCGGAAGUACAAGAAGGGCAGGUUUAUGGUUUUGGACGCCGACGGAACCCCAUUUUAGCUCUGAAAUCGCUUUCUUUCACCUUAAAUUGCCGGACAAUCUCAAAAGCCUUUGGUAAUUUUCAUUACGGGGGUAAGGAGUAAUGUGAAUCGAGCUUUUGUGCGGAGAAUUUGGUAAAUUUUUUAUUGAGGUUUUUUUUUUUCAUUGUGUAAAGAACAAUGGCGGACUCGUUUCGGAACAAUGGAGGGGCUGAGAGGGAUGCGUGUACUGUGGCUCUGGCCUCUGUAGCCAAGCGCCCGCGUCUGGAAUAUGGUGGAGCUGAUGUGAUUUGCUUGGACUUGGACAACGAGUCCAAUGGGUGUCUUAGUCAUGCAACCAAAGAAGAGAAAUCUAAAGUUGAUGCUUUGCUUAGUACUGGAAUUGCAGGUGGAGCUGAUGUAAUUUGCUUGGAUUCGGACAAUGAGUCCGACGGGUGCAUUAGUGGUGCAACCAAAGAGGAAAAACCUAACUUUGAUGCUUAUGGGCCUUGCUCACUAGAAAAAUUAAAAGAUAUAGGCCCCUCCAGUGAAGAUGCUAUUUGUUUCUUAGAUAAGAGGUUGGAUUCUGAAGAACAGGGUAAGACCCUAAGUUCUGGAGAAAAGAUUGAGGAAGACAAAUUAGUUACACUUGAAAUGGAAUUUGUUGAUAGUGGCCUUAGGAAAAUUGCAUUUGAAGUUGUUUCUGAAGUUUCUUCCCAUGAUUUCUCAGAGGAGAUUGACUUAUAUAAAGUGGAAAAUAUAAGUAAAGCUACAGAGAGUACUGAUUCAGAAGUUUUUCACCAUAAUAAGGAUGAAAAAGGAUCAACAGCAGAGUCAGUAGAAAUAAAUUCAGAUGUAAGAGAAUUGGGGAAUGUUUCUGAAGCAGCUAUCAACAUGUCUAUGGGAAACAAUAGCUUUUAUAUGCCAGAUAUUGCUGGUAACAUAGGAGAUAUGGACCCAUUUGAGAGUUGUAAAAGGGGAUUCGAAAUAAGUAGGGGUAUGAUGAAUAAUGUGUGUGUUAUUCAGGAUAGUUCUGAAGACGAAUCAUCAUCAGAUUCACUUGAUAGCCCAAUAUAUAUGAAAAAUGAGCGCGUAAACUGUACUAUAGGUAAUGCAGAAAUAUGCAAAGACAAUGGAUUAUCACAUAAUAGCAUAAGAGGGGCUGUAGAACAACAUAUGCAUAUUAAGAGCUGGAAGUCAACAGAGGGAGAUAUGUGUCAAGAUAAAACAGAUCUGGCUCCAAAAGUGUGUGGUAACAAAAGACAAGGUAAACAAAGUGGAAUCACUAGAAACGAAAGGGAAGAAGACAGAAAACACAAACAAGAAGAGAUUGCAAGACACAAGCGAGAAAAAGAAGAGGAGAAACAGCGACAGAAGGAAGAAAAGAGAGUAAAAAAGGAGGAAGAGAAGAUGCAGAAAGCAGCGGCCAAGGCAGAAGCCGCAGAGAUGCGAAAGCGGCACAAGGAGAGGGAGAAAUGGGAGAAAGGAAAAUUUGCAUUAAAAGCUAUAUCAGCUGAGAUUGAUACCAAAGUAAUUGAGAAAGGGUUAAUUGCAGGACAUCUUCUGAAUAGGCUAGCAGAGAAGGAACUUUGUUUUCAUGUAGUUUCUAAUCAAGUUCAAAGCUCAAUAAUGUGGAAGAUGAACAUGCCAGAUGCAGAUGCAGAGUCACCUUUCAAGGAUUAUGACAUACCAUAUAUUCUUGUUAUAUUGGAAGCGGAAGAAUUUUGCAAUAUGGCUUCUGAAGGCACCCUGUUUGAUCAUGUGUGUAGCAUUCAAAGGCUUUACCCAGGCUACAAUAUUUGCUACCUUACAAACAAGCUAAUCUCAUAUAUUACAAAAAGGGAGCAAGAACAAUACAAAAAUCCAGGGAAUGCUAGCUCCUGGAAACGCCCCCCUGUUGAGCAGGCCUUGGCAAAGUUUGUUACUCACUUUGUAGGUGUGCACUCGAGAUUAUGCUUAGAUGAAGCUGAAGUAGCUGAUCAUAUUGCUGGUUUGACGCGAAGCCUUGCAGAGUGCCGUUUCCGGCAAAAGUUGACACGCUUGUCCAUUAGUGCAAAUGGCUCCCAUGUUCCCAACGACAUUCCAAACAAAGGCAUGAUAAAAAAGAGUGUAUGGUUGAAAGCAUUGGUUGCGAUUCCGAAACUUCCACCUAAAUGUGCAGUGGCCAUUGCAAAGAAAUACCCAACCAUGCGGUCUCUCCUUAAUGUUUACCUAGACCCUGAAAGAACAGUGCAUGAGAAAGAGUUCCUGCUUCAAGACAUUGUCACUGAAAGGUUGCUUGGAGAAGGUGGCAGGCGUUUGGGACCUGUUUGUUCAAAGAGAGUUUACAGAAUACUUAUGGCUCAGAGUGGAAAUCUGAAGACAGACGAUGUUGAGGAAGGAGCAGAUUUGUUUGAAUCAUAACAUUGCAACUGAAUGCCUUCUCUGUGCAUUAGCAUGUAUAUGUAUUAUUAGUAUUCAUCCUUUUCGUGUUCGAUAGCUCUGUUACAAGAGCACUAACAGAUUAAAUCUAUAAUAUUUUUCUGAUGUGUAGAAGAUUUUGAAACCUAAAUAUGAUGAUCCAUUCUUACAUCAUCACAUGUUUUAGUAUUCAAGAAGUACACUGGUUAUAUGCUUAGGGUAACCUAAUGGGCUGGUAGAAUGGAAUAAUGUCUCAAUGUUAUAGUUGCUGAUUGAGGGAAGAAAAUUGGAAUGCAUGCAAAUCUGCAACUUAUCAACUAUGUUAUAAAACCAAUACCAAUUAUCUUCUUUA